AUGAAAGUUCUAGUACUAAUUAGCAUUGCGCUGCUCCUACAAUUAAUGGAGAUGGCGUGUUUUACGAAAGAACCUCCAACGCAAACCUGCAUGAACGCGAAUCUCUAUUACGUCGGCAUGAAUCUCCAGGACUCUAAGCCUCCGUAUAAGAUAAUCAUUCACAGAGAAAAACACAACCUAUACCAAGUUUCUUUGAAGAGUUCAAAGAACUUCAAAGGUUUCAUAAUUGAGGGAUUCGAUUCAACAGAGAAUCGUGUUGGCAAGUUUACAAGUCUUGAUGAAAAUACGAAAUAUUUAUGCGGUCGCACUGCUGUAACCAACGACGCUCCCAUAGACAUCUCUCAAGCAUUCCUCACGUGGAGUCCAAAAAACUUCAUUGGAAAAGUUAUUUUUAGGUUUCGGCAUUAA